AACAAAAAUACUAUCCACAAUAAACAUACUAAGAAUUAAAGAUUAAAUAGGUUACUAAUGUCAGAAGAACCUGAUUACUCAUCCUUACCAUUAGACCAACGGUUGGUUCAUAAAGUAUGGAAAGUAAGAUUAGAAGCAUAUGAUGAACUAAGUAAAUUAUUUGAAAAUUCUCGUAAUGAAAAUGAUGAAAUUUUUCAAGAAUUUAAUAAUAGACCAGAACUUUUAAAACAAUUUAUAACUGAUAGUAAUGUUGUAGCUCAAGAAAAUGCUAUUAAUUCACUUGUUAAUUAUUUAAAAUAUGGUGGAACCAUUAAUAAUGUGGCAAGAUUAAAAUCAAUUGGUAUUAUAACUUCAAUUAUUGAAAAGGGUUUAAGUUCAAAUCGUAAAAAUACUAAAGAAUAUUCAAUUGAAUCAUUAUUAUUAAUGAUUGAAAUUUCAAAAGAUCCAAAUAGUUUAAUUGAAGAUUUUAUUCCAACUUUUUCAAAUAGAUUACCAAAAUUAGUUUCUGGUUCAGUUCAAGGUUUAAAUACAAUAAUUAGUAAUUUUGGUUGUCAAAUUAUUCUGCCUAGAUUAAUUAUUCCUGCUUUACCUAAAUUAUUUGCUCAUGCUGAUAGAAAUGUAAGAUCAGAAACUACUCAAUUAACAGUAGAAUUAUAUAAAUGGAUGGGAGAUAAUUUAUCAACAAUAUUAUUCCCCGAUUUAAAACCUAUACAACAAAAGGAUCUUACAAAAGCAUUUGAAGCUGUAACUGGAACUGUACCAGAACAAAAAAGAUUGACUAGAGAACAAGAAUUAGAAAGAAGAAGAUUAGAAGAAGCAGCAGCUGCUGCAGCAGCUGCUCAAUCAGCUAAUGGUGCUACUGAUAUUAUUAUGACAGAUGCUGAUCUUCCAACUAUAUCUAAUCAUUCUACAUCUUCCUUUGAUCCUUUUGAUUUAGUCGAACCUGUUGAAAUAUUAUCCAAAUUACCUAAUGAUUUUGAAUCCCGAUUAUCAUCUUCUAAAUGGAAAGAUAGAGUUGAAGUACUUGAAGAAGUUCAUAUAAUUUUAGAUAAAGCAGUCAAAUUAGUUACUAAUGAUGAUUAUUCUCAAAUUAUCCGAUUAUUUGCCAAAUGUAUGAAAGAUGCUAAUAUUCAAGUUGUACAAUUAGCAGCUAAUUGUAUAGAAUAUAUAAGUAAUGGUCUUAAAAAGAAUUUCCACAGAUAUCAACAUUUAGUAUUACCUCCAAUAAUUGAUAGAUUAAAAGAAAAGAAAGCAUCAGUUGCAACUGCCUUAGCAAAUGCUUUGGAUUCUAUCUUUAGAUCAUCUAGUUUAAGUGAUAUUUUAGAUGAUACACUUAAUGGUUUAAAACUGAAGAUUCCUCAAAAUAAAAUUUCUUCAGCUAAUUAUUUACAAAGAUGUUUAGCUGCUACUACUGUACCUCCAACAAGUAAUGAAAUAGAUUCAAUUAUGCAAGUUGGUGUAAAAUUAUUAAGUGAAUCUCAAGAACCUAUAAGACAAGCAUCAACCGAAAUGAUAGGUACUUUAAUGAAAAUAACUGGUCAAAGAGAACUUGCAGGAUUCCUUGAGAAAGUUGAUGAUAAUAGAAAAUCAAAAAUAACUGCCUUUUAUGAAUCUGUUCAAGUUAAUGCCACAUCAAAAAGUUCAACAUCUUCUAAUUCCAAUUCAACUAUUUCAAAAAGAUCUCAAAUACCGCCUCUUAAUUCUGGUACAAUUAAAAGAACAAGACCACCAGUAUCUGCUCCAACAUCUAUACCUGCCAAAAGAGGGGCAAGUUCACCUGUUAAAAGAGUUGAUGAUACACCUAAAUCAUCUACUAUUGGAAGAGGAUUAACUGGAAGAUCAUUAGCAUCUUCAUCUAUAAGUAAUUUACCACACCCUCAAUCUCAUGUAAAUCCUCCUUUACCUAAACAAACCUUUGAAACUUUUAGUAAUCAAGAUAAAGAAGAAUUAAUAAAUCUUCGAAAGGAGAAGGAAGAAUCCAUUAUUCAAAGAGAAAGAGAUGCCAAAAGAAUUAAACAAGGAGAAGAAGAUAAUUAUGUAUUAAAACAAGAAAUAUUAAAUCUUCAAUCAAAAUUAGAUAGUUUACAAAAGGAUUUAGCUAAUAAUAAUCGAAUGUUAAAGCAGAAGGAUCAACAAAUUACUCGAUUGAAUCAUGAUCUUGAAGAUGCAAAAUUAAAGAUACGAGAUCUGGAACAAAAAAUUGAAAUAAUAAAACUUCAACAAACAAAUAAGCAAUCAACAUUUUCAGGAGGAUUAUAUUCAGGAACUAGUCAAAUGACAUUUUCAUCACCAUCAACCACUUCAAGACCAAUAUCGUAUAUUUCACCUGAAAAAACAAGAAUAACAUCAGGAGAAUUAAGUUCAGAAGUUAAAAGAUUAUCACUUGAUGGAGGAGAAACUUCUAAUACAAAUAUAAAUACCAGUAGAGAAAAUUCCUAUCUUACUAGAUCAAAUAAUUUUAAUAGAAUUUCAUCUUCUCAACCUUUUGGUUAUACAAGUUCAAUAGAUUCUCCUAUGGAAAUUGAAGCUGAUUGGAAGCGAGCAGCAGAAGUAACAUCUCAAUUAAAGGCUAGAAUUGAAAAAAUGAAAGCAAGAAAUCGUAAUAAUAAUAAUACCCCUACUAAUGAAAUUACUUAGAUAUCUCUUUCUUACUUCAGUUCCUGUACUAUACCAUAUAUAAUUAUAUAUUUAACAUUUACUUCUUCACUGAUUUAAUUAUUUACACCCAUUUUUUUUUACACCCAAUGCAAAAGCCCGGUGCGCGAUCGCCGUUUACGGAUGAAAGAAAAAAAAAAAAAGCUAUGGUGAAAAAUCAUUAGGCUGAAAAACUUGACUAGUAAGAGUCAUUGAGCAGCUAAUAGCAA